UCAGAAUGAGGAGGAAUAUUAUAUUUUCUUAUCAUACAAUCUACAAAGAGGAUGAAGUUUUUGAUAGCAAUUGUUCUGGUCGUGCUUGGUGCUGUUUUAGCGGAUGAAGACGAUGGAGGACUACCUCCUUUGCCGCCAAUGACAGAUGCACCUCCUCCUCCUCCUCCUUCGGUACCACCACCACCACCACCACCACCGAGUACAGACCCACCACCACCCCCUCCACAAACAGAUACACCGGCUCCACCGCAGACGGAUGCUCCCCCACCACCACCAACUCAAGGACCACCACCACCAACUGCAGCACCAGAUUGCAAGGACAAGGCCUUCAAUUGCCAAGGCCAUCUGAAAAAAUACUGCAAAACCAGCUGGAACAUUAAGUACACUUGGUGCCGCAAAACCUGUGGAGCGUGUGAGGAAGGAGAUUGUAAAGACCGAGUUAACAACUGCUUCCGCUUGCAAAAGUUCUGCAAUCGAGCAGCUGUAGCAAUCAUGUGCCAAAGAACCUGUAAAGUCUGCUCAUGAUGACACAUGGUAUGCUUCUUGACGAUCCUGCCAUCAAUGAAAGAAAAAUAAUAAAAACGAUUUCCUCUUUCAAUAAACUGUAAACGUAGUC